UUGUAGUCCUUGACGAGUUGCAUGAUGGUGGCGAAUCGCUGCUUCGGGAGAUGUUUCGUGGCGAUGGCCGCCAACAUCGUGGCACUAGGCAUNAGCACUGAAGCUCAGCGCUUGAAGUUCGGCCUCCACGGUGUUCUGUGCUGCGAGAGUCUGUGCCUUGGCUCCGUAGCUGAUCAGUCUCCCUCCUAGGAAGAACAGGCAUCCGGUGGUAGACCUGCCGUUGUCUGGGUUGGCUCCAAACGACGAGUCAGUGAAGCACGAGAGUCUGAACUGCCCCUCCUUGUACACGAUCGGCAGGCCCGGCGUUCCGCGUAGGUACCGUAGGAGGUGCUUGGCCGCAGCCAUGUGGACCUGUGCUGGGUUUGCGCAUGCCCGUGUCAGUUGGUGCACUGCGUAUGACAGAUCGUAGCGGGUGCAUUGGGCAAGGUACAGGAGACUCCCGGUGAUGGCCUGGAAUCUCUGCUUGUCCUCGGGUCCGAGUAGUUGGUCUUCGUGGCUGCUCGAUUGAUAGUUCUGCUCCAUUCCCGGGGGUGCUGACCUGGUUUGCCUGUUCCAUUCGGUAUCGCUUGUCGUGUCCUGCGAUGUCCUGGAUGGUGUCGUAGUCCGCGAGUUGUCAUUGCUUUCAUCUCCCCCAGCAGCAAAGUAGUCGGGGAAUCCUUGCCCGCGUUGUUUUGGCGGAGUUGUGCUCGGUUGAUGUUGUCUUGCUGCAUGUU